AUGCCCUCAUCAUCAAAGAUCUCUCCCAUCCCCGCCGACUCCCGUUCUUCUUCUGCCUCUGCCUCUGCCGCAUCUACGCACACUGACACCAACGCCCGCUUAUCACAGAUUCAGCAACACACCAUGGGCUCCAUUUCAAACCGUCCGGUCGAGCUGUUCGACGCCGUCCCUCAGGCUCCAGAGGACCCUUUGUUUGGGUUGAUGGCCGCAUACCGAAAAGAUACACAUGAGAAGAAGGUCGAUCUGGGGAUUGGUGCAUACAGAGACAACAAUGCAAAGCCAUGGGUGUUGCCUGUGGUCAAGAAGGCAGAUAAAAUCCUCCGAGACGACCCCGAUCUGAACCAUGAAUAUCUUCCCAUCGCCGGUCUCCCAGAAUUCACUUUGGCUGCACAGAAACUCAUCCUCGGUCCAGACAGCCCCGCGAUCAAAGAAGGACGGGCUACCUCCCUGCAGACGAUCUCAGGAACCGGCGCUGUUCAUCUGGGAGGUCUUUUCCUGUCCAGGUUCUUGCCCAAGCCCACUCCGGCCAUUUACCUGUCCAACCCCACGUGGGCGAAUCACAACCAAAUCUUCACCAAUAUCGGUAUGCCCAUCAAGUCGUACCCAUACUUCUCUGCAAAGACGAAAAUGCUGGACCUUGACGGGCUGCUGUCGACACUCAAAGCGGCCCCGGAGAAAAGCAUUGUCCUGCUUCACGCAUGUGCACACAACCCUACCGGUGUCGAUCCCACGCAGGACCAGUGGAAACAAAUCGCCGAGGUAUGCAGAGAACGAUCCCUGUUUCCCUUCUUCGACUGCGCAUACCAAGGGUUUGCCUCAGGGGACCUAGCCACCGACAACUGGGCCAUCCGCUACUUCGUCGAGCAGGGCCUGGAGCUGAUAAUUGCCCAAUCCUUCGCGAAGAACUUUGGCCUGUACGGUGAGCGUGCAGGUGCUUUCCACUUUGUCGCCGCUCCAGGAUCCAAGGCACAGGACGUCACCAAGCGGGUCGCCAGCCAGCUUGCUGUUCUUCAACGAUCCGAAAUCUCGAACCCUCCAGCGUAUGGUGCGCGGAUUGCCAGCAUCGUCCUCAACGACAAGGCCUUGUUUGCCGAAUGGGAGGAGGAUUUGCGCACCAUGUCUGGCCGGAUCAUCGAGAUGCGCAAGAGUCUCAAGGCGGAACUGGAUAAGCUAGACACUCCCGGCAACUGGGACCACAUCACCAGCCAAAUCGGCAUGUUCUCCUUCACUGGAAUCUCCGAGGCUCAGGUGCUGGCCAUCAGAGAGAAGUGGCACGUCUACAUGACCAAGAAUGGCCGCAUCAGUAUGGCUGGCUUGAACACAUCAAACGUUAAGUACGUCGCUGAAGCACUGGAUGACGUCGUCAGACAUGUCAAGUAG